GCUUCCUGUUUGUGUUGCCAGCUCCAAGCUGAUAGGUUACGGUGUAGGUAUCUGCAGAGGAUGCUUCAAGGAUUUUGCACACAGUUGUGAUAAAACAAUUUGAAAAUGGAAGAGACAAAAGAAAGCGUGUCAUUUAAAGGUGUUGCUGAAAGACUGACCAUUGGUAUUACUCGAAUACUAGAAAAUAUGCCUGGUGUGGUGGAUGUGCGUUUUGUAGAAAGAGAGCCAGCGGAGAAAAGGAGCCUGCUGUCUUGGGAACAGAAAAAUACGUGUAUUUUGCCAGAGGACCUGCGAGAUUUUUAUCUGACGACUGAUGGAUUCACACUUACCUGGGGUGUUAAACUUGACAAUGAGUGCGUUUCCUUAGGAUGCAUGAUGAUAAACAGUGUGGCCAGACUGUGCCCACUUCUGCAGCCAGUAUCAUUAUUCUCUCUCCCUAAUGCACCCUCACUGGCUGACCUGGACUGGGAGGAGAACAGCACAGAAAGUGGAAAGAGACAUGCUUCUGCUGCACCCCAUUUUGAUUCACGGUGCCGGAUCUUUGAGCUGGAUUCUUGUGGUGGGAACGGAAAAGUGUGCCUAGUUUACAAAAACUGCACUUCAGGUGUUGUGGCCCAGCAGAGCGAAAUAUGGUUUCUUGAUCGCUCGCUGUGCUGGCAUUUUCUGACAGCAACCUUCACCUCCUACUACCGGCUGAUGAUCACCCACCUUGGUCUGCCUGAGUGGCAGUAUGCCUUCACCCCCUAUGGCCCCAGCCCCCAGGCAAAGCAGUGGGCAUCUCUGUACCAACCACUGAUUUUCAGCAGUGAGCUCAGCUUGGCCGAUCCAGCUGGUGAUUCCUAUCUCAACAAGCUGGAUCCAACAAAAGGCUUCAAAGGCAAAACAAAGGUGCCCGUCCCAAAGAAGAAGCAGACAGCACAGUGCAGCUUAGGGAGCACUGGUAAGAGCCAGGGCAGCACAGGAAGACACAUUGGUGUAAAACGGUGAAAGCAUUCCAACUCAGAAAGUAUUUUGAUCCACUUUACAGUCUGUUCAUCCAAAACAACUUGGAGGAGGAAUCCGCAAUUCUGUCAGUAGUUGGACUCUGAUCAAUAUGUGUGUCAGCAGCUUGAUCUUCCAUGAGAGCAUACCAUUAACGACUAAGGUUGGACUACUGCAUGUCUGAAUAGAUGCAUAAGAGGGAAGUUGGUGGUACCACCUUUUUGGAGGUUAUGUGUUGGAGGUUUAAUGAGUAAACUGUCCCUCCGAUCUGGCUAAAGAGACAAGAUGUUUAGGUUUGUCAUACAAUUCACAUCACAAAGGCCAUCAUGAUAAUCCUGAUGAUCAUAUUUUACUCUACAUUUCACUGCACAGUAUAAGGGAGGAAGAAAAGAGAACUAUAGAUUACAUUUUUCAAAGCCUAAUUGAAAACAGUAUAUCACAAGUGGCAUUCAGUGGUGAAAAUAACUCCAAGGUAAACCAGCUCAUAGAAUAUGUCUGUGUGCUGUAGACAAAGCACCAAUAAUACUGUCAUACAAAUUGUGCCGGUGCUGUAACCAUGAGGACUCAACAGUACUCAAUAUAACACAGUAUCAGUUUUCAUCUAUAGUUAUUAUCACUAGGCUUGAUUGUAAAUAUAUAUACUGUACAUUGAAUGUAUUAUACAACAAAAAUAUAAGUAACAUUACAAAGAAUUGUUGUUGUUUUUUUUAAAUCUCUUUAUGUGAACAAUUAAGGGAAAUAAAGAAGUGCUCAGUACUAUGACUCUGGUCAGUCAAAGGGCUUGUAUGACCUGAAGCAUUUAUCUAAAACUUUAAAAUAAAGGAAGCUGAUUACAUGA